CUUCGAUCAGGCUUUUGACCGUGGGAAAAUAUUGACUUUCUCUCAUUGUGAUUCGCGAUUCGCGGCGAGAUUGACUCCAACCAAGAAUGACUAAGAAAUUGACUUUAAUGAUAUUACGGAGUCGUACCACACUGAUGUCGACUUCAACAACAUCACAUCCCCUUCACUAAGGUGCCUUUCCGUGGCAAAGAUGAACAAGAUCUCUACCUCCUGACGCACCCCAUCUACUUACGCUGACAGAGUGAUCAUCCUUUCUGACAAGGGAGCGAUUGCGAUGACUUCACCAUCCCCGAAGAGAAAGCGUGGGCAUGCGCUCCCUUUAGACACCAAAGGACCAUUUUCUCGACUAUGGCUCGAAGAUGAUAGCGAUGACUAUGGCGAUGCUGCCAGUCCUCGUACCAAAGUCGCCAGGAACCUCGAUGAUCUUGAGAUCGACAGUCCUCAGACAAAUUUGCGACAUGGUGUUGACUGUGUAGAUAUGUCAGAUCAUCCGGAACCAUCAGCUCUAUCUGCUGAAGAGUCGCCUGAGAAUCAGUCCAGUGAUGACGCAGAAAGACAACCACAUCAGACACCCAUCGAAGUACCCCGGAGUACGUCAGCAGAAUCAGUUGCCGAAUCCCCCAUCUCAAAGUCCCCGCCGCUUGGAGGUGAAAUAUCAGAACAUUUCUGGCAUGAUUCUGAAAUAACAGGGCACGACCCUGAUGAUCCAAACGACGAUCUCUACGGCAUCAACGGGAUCGGGUUUCGCCCUACAGCAGCUGUUGCUUGGUCCAGAUCACAGGAACGGAAAAAGCAGCUGGCGGAAUACAAGAAUCGAGAAGCCCGUGAAGCAAGGCAACAGAGAAGCGAGAGGAGAAAACGCUUCAUAAGUGACAGUGACGACGCUCCAUCUCUGGACUCUUCGCCGCGCAAGAGUAUGCGAGUCCGCUUCGAUGACGGCUAACCCAUGGCGACCGCUCGCUGAAGCCGACUUCCAUAUCCACUCAACCAUCGCUGAAGCUGAGAAAGGAGCAGUCCAGCUGUAUGAGUACAAGCUGCGCGUCGCCAUAUUACGCCAAUCAGUGCAAAAGCAUAACACAAUUUUUACCAGAACUUGUACCAAUGCUGGUUGCGCUUUCGCUGCUCUUCCUCCUCUUUCGCUUUCAAAG